AUGUCAGAUGCCGAUAUCGAGAAGCAGCCGAUGGCCGACGGCGCCGAUAAGCCUCAGCGGGCGGGAAACCGCAAGUUUGAAGCCAAGACGCGCGAGCACUGGUACCAGCUCUGGCGCUUCAAGAACCUCCCUCCGUCUGCGCCAGCCUCGAUGGAUGACGCGAAGCCACUGCCUCUGGGCAAUGCCAACAUUUUUAGCAACUGGACCUACAGCUGGAUCGAGCCACUCCUGUUCCUCGGCCACCGCCGUCCCCUCGAGGCGUCUGAUUUGUGGGCCAUGGACGGCCCACGCCAGGCAGAGCAGCUGAGCAACAGGCUGCUUGAGCGCUGGACCGCUCGUGUGGAAAAGGCCGAUGCGCACAACGCCCGUCUCGAAGCCGGCGAGAUCAAUCCUAGCGCCUUUCAAAAGUUCAAGUGGCGCCGUGCGGCGAAGAAGGAGGCGGCUGAGGAGGUCGGCGGUCAGGCGACCAUCGAAGAGCGCAUGGCGGCCAAGGAGGCGUGCUGGCGCAGCCCUCGUCUCAAGGAUGUCAAGGGAGAGCUGCAGACCGCGGAAAUGAAGCAAAGACAUGCCAUCGCUGGCAAGGUCAAGACGUCGUACAAGAAAGCCGACCUCUUCUGGGCCAUGUUUGAUAUUUUCUGGCCCAACAUGACUAUUGCUUACUUUUCCAAGCUCUUGGCCGACACGGCGUACCUCGGCUGUGCGCUCAUGAUGCGCUACAUUAUUGAGGCUGUGACCGUCGGCCACCUUGACCCCAGCCAGUUCAACCACAGCAUCCGCGUGGGCAUGGGCUAUGUGGUCGGCAUGUUUGCAAUUAUGGUCGUCAGCAACCUUCUAUCGAAUCGCUUUUUCUACGAGUCGAUGUACAUUGGUGUGUUCAGCCGCGCAGCCCUUGUGUCUGGCAUCUUUAAGCGCGCGCUCAACAUGCAGGGCCGCGACCGCUCGUCGGGCAAGCUCAUGAAUCACAUCUCGACAGAUGUGUCGCGCAUCGACUUUGCAGCGCAGUGGUGGCUUUUGACGUUUACCGCCCCUGUUGAGCUCAUCGUUUGUCUUAUUAUUCUUUUGACACAAGGCAUGGGUGCCUCGUCUCUGGUAGGCUUUGGUCUUGUCUUUACGGUGAUGCCUGCGCUGAUGUUCUGCAUGAAGUUUAUGUUUGUUCUACGCAAGAAGUCGAUGGAGUGGACGGACCGCCGCGCGCGCCGCACGCAAGAAGUCAUUUCUGGUAUGCGCAUCGUCAAGCUGUUCUCGUACGAGUCCAACUUUAUGAAGCUCAUCAGCAAGCUGCGCAAGAGCGAGCUGGUGUAUGUCUUCCAGCUGAAUGCGCUGCGUUCGGCGAUUGUUGCGACCGGUGUGAGUCUGCCGCUCCUUGCGGCGGUGCUUGCAAUUGUCACGUACUACUACACGCACGGUCAGCAGCUCGAUGCCAAAGUCGUCUUCCCUGCCAUUACGCUCUUCCAGCUGCUGCGUUCGCCGCUCAUGUUCCUGCCGAUGGGCCUGAACGUGAUUGCUGACGGUCUCAACUCGUUCCAGCGCCUGCGUGGUGUGUUUUACGCAGAGCAGCACGACGUGUCGGUCAAGGCCGACGAGUCGUCGCCGUACGGCCUCAAGUUGACCAAUGCGCUCUUUGAGUGGGAGGACGUCACCGAAGACGCGACGCUCAAGCCCACCGCUGCGCAGGAAAAGAAGCAGCAGAAGAAGCAAAAGCAAAAGCAAAAGAAAAUGUGGGCCUUCCUGCGCCGCAAUAACAAGGCGCCCAAGGAGGAGAAGAAGCGCCGCUUCUUUUCCAAGAAAGCCAAUAAGCAGGAAGCCAAGCCUGAGGAGAGCAAGCCGAGUGCCCCGAAACAGGAGGAAAAAGCCGAGCCACCGAACACCUUUUCUAUGUCGCCUCUCAACCUCGAGAUCAAGCGCGGUGAGCUGUGUGCGAUUGUCGGUCCCGUUGGUUCCGGAAAGUCGUCGCUGAUGCUCGGUGCGAUCGGCGAGAUGCGCCGGGUGUCGGGCGAUGUGACGUGGGGCUCGGAGCGCAUUGCGUACUGCUCACAGUCUGCCUGGAUCCAGAAUGCGACGCUCCGUGACAACAUUAUUUUUGGUCAGCCGUUUGAUGAGGCCCGGUACUGGGACUGCAUCAAGCGAGCUGAGCUUGUCGCGGACCUGGAGCUGCUGCAGAACGGUGACCUGACCGAGAUUGGCGAGCGCGGUGUGACGCUCUCUGGUGGCCAGAAGCAGCGCCUGAACAUUGCGCGUGCGUUGUACUACGACGCCGACAUUGUGUGUCUCGACGACCCUUUGUCGGCGGUCGAUGCGCAUGUCGGCAAAGCACUCUUUAACAAUGCCAUCAUUCCUCUGCGCCAGCGUGGCAAGACGGUUCUUCUUGUGACGCACGCCAUCCAGUACCUGGAAGACUGCGACAAGGUGGUCUCGAUGGACGAUGGCCGCAUUGACGAAGCCGGCACCUAUACCGAGCUGAUGGCAGCCCGCGGCAACUUUUUCAAUUUGAUCAAGAACUUUGGCACGCUUAAAGAGGCCGGUGAGGACGAAGAUGCCGAGGAGCUCGCUGCCGACACGGAGGAUGCCAAGAAGGACCAGAGCAAGCCCGAUCCCAAGGCGCUGAGCAAGCCCGGCGGCAAGACGAUGGAGGAAGAGGAGCGCAACACGGGUACGGUCGACCGGGGCGUGUACUGGGCCUUCCUUAAGGCCGGUCAAGGUCACUGGAUCCUCCCCCUCGCCGUUUUUUCGGCGGUGUGCAUGCAAGGCGCAACUACGCUCUCGACCUACUGGCUGAAGUGGUGGCAAGAAUGGGACCAGAACAAGACGCACACGACCGGCUUCAGUCUCGGUCUGUAUGUCAUGCUGGGCUUUGCGCAGCUGAUUUUCAACUUUAUGGUCGGCACAGUUCUGGGAUUGAUGACGUUCUAUGCGUCGCGCAAGCUGCACGACGAUGCGAUGAAGCGUGUUUUGUACGCGCCGAUGGCGUGGUUUGACACGACGCCGAUCGGCCGCAUCAUCAACCGUUUCGGCAAGGACAUUGAUGUGCUGGACAACCAGUUGAGCAACUUGCUGCGCCAGUGCAUUCUGACAAUCAUGUCGAUGCUUGGUGCGGCGGCGAUGAUUAUUGCGCUGACGUACUACUUUGCGAUUGUCGUGGUGGUCGUCUUUUUCCUGGCGUACAUCGUUUCUCUCUUUUACCGCUCGUCUGCGCGCGAGUUUAAGCGUGUGGAUGCGACGCUGCGCAGUGCGAUGUACUCGCACUUUGCCGAGUCGCUGUCGGGCCUGACGACCAUCCGUGCUUACCGCGAAUCGGAGCGUUUCCUCAAGGAGAACUACAAGCUGGUCGACCGUCAGAACAGUGCCUACUUCCUCACGGUCGUGAACCAGCGCUGGCUCGGUCUGCGUCUCGACCUGCUUGGCUCGCUCUGCGCGUUGAUUGUCGGUGUACUCACCGUGUGUCUGAAGAACACCAACCCCGGCAACACGGGUGUGUCGCUGUCGAUGAUUGUCGUCAUUGCGCAGAUGCUUGGCUUCCUUACCCGCCAGCUUACCGAACUUGAGAACGAGAUGAACUCGGUGGAGCGUCUCGUGUACUACGCGGAGAAGCUCAACCAGGAGGCGCCGCAAGAAAUUGCCGAAGCGAAGCCGCCGGCCGAAUGGCCCUCGCACGGCACGGUUGACCUCGAGAAUGUGUGGCUCAAGUACCGUCCAAACCUGCCCAAUGUCCUCAAAGGUGUCACGCUCCAUGUCGGCGCCGCGCAGAAAGUCGGAAUUGUCGGGCGUACCGGCGCCGGCAAGAGUUCGAUCCUCUCGGUGCUGCUGCGUCUGAACGAGGUGACGCAAGGCUUGGUCAAGAUUGACGGUAUCGACGUCUCCCAGAUCGGCCUCGAGGAUCUGCGUCGUGCGAUCGCCAUCCUCCCCCAGGAACCGCUGCUCUUUAGCGGCACGCUGCGCUCGAACCUGGACCCCUUUAAUACCUACGACGAUGCGCGGCUGUGGGAUGCGAUGCACCGCGCCUAUCUGACUGGGCAGUCGAACGCGCCGACGACCAAGGACGCAAUUGUGGAUCCCAGCAUCCCGACGACUGCUCGUACCGAGCUGCAAGAAGGUGCGGCGGUGGAUGCCGAAGUCACCGAGGGCAAAGCGCUGACGCGUCUGUCACUCGACUCGAUCAUUGACGAGGAAGGUGCGAACCUGUCGGUCGGCCAGCGCUCGCUUGUGUCGUUGGCCCGUGCCCUUGUGCGCAACUCGAAGAUUAUUCUGCUGGACGAGGCCACUGCGUCGGUCGAUCUCGAGACGGAUGCCAAGAUCCAGCAGACGAUCCGCACCGAGUUCAACGACCGCACGCUGCUGUGUAUUGCGCACCGUCUGAGCACGAUUAUUGGCUACGACCGUAUUGUGGUGAUGGACGACGGCAAGGUUGCCGAGUUUGACACGCCGCUCGCCCUCUUUGACCGCCCCGAGAGCAUUUUCCGGGGCAUGUGUGAGCGCAGUGGCAUUGCUCGCGAGGAUGUGAUCCAAGCGCGUGCCCAAUACCCUAAUUAG